AUGCUAAGUACCUGGACGCAAUCUUCAAAUAACGUAAAUCAGGCUAGCUUUGCAGUAGCUCUGGAAAUUGCAAAAAGAGGGAAACCAUUCACGGAUGGUGAGUACAUCAAAGAUUGUUUCAUACGUGCAUCUGAUGAACUGUUUCGUGAUUUCAAAAACAAAGACGAAAUCAUGAAAAAAAUCAAAGAUUUGCCUUUGUCAGCUAAAACAGUACAAGAUAGAACUGCAAAAUUGUCUUCAAAUGUAACACAUAUGCAAGUGAGAGACAUUCAAGUAGCUUCUGCCUUAUCACUUGCUAUAGAUGAGUCUUGUGACAUAAAAGACACGGCACAAGUUUCCCUUUUCGUCAGAUAUAUAUCGUCCCAAGGUCCAAAAGAAGAACUGUUAGGGUUGCUACCGCUCUCUGGACAAACUCGUGGGGAAGAUAUAGCAAAUGCUGUGCAAAAAAUGCCUGGAAGACAAUGGAAUAAAUUUAAAUAA